AUGGACCACGUUAAGAAAUAUACUGUUCUUGUUUUGAUUGUUUCCCUGAUCGUUUUCUCGUGCUCUUGGCUUGGAAGAAGGAUGAGAGCUAAAACAUGUAAGGGCAAGGAAGCUCCUGAAGCUAAUGGUGCGUGGCCAAUCAUUGGCCAUCUCCACCUGCUCUACGGUGGUGAGAAGCUUCUCCAUCGAACACUCGCAGCAAUGGCCAACAAGUGCCAGCCUACACUUAGUAUCCGUAUGGGGAUUCACCGUGCUGUUGUGGUGAGUCGGUGGGUGGAGGCAAAAGAGUGCUUCACCACAAACGACGGAGCGCUUGCCUCUCGUCCCAAAAUGACUGCCACUAAGCACGUGUGCUACAACCACGACAUUUUUGGGUCGCACCCUAGAGUGCCUACUACAGCAAGAUGCGCAAGAUUAUGCAACGAUAGUGAGGCGGAACAUUGUCGGACGGCAAUAAACAGGUUUUUCCACUUAACGAGGUUUCCCGUGGUUGCAGAUGCACUUCCCUUUCUGUCAUGGUUGGACUUCCAGGGGCACGAAAAGGCAAUGAGGGAUACAUUCAAGGCUUUGGCCCCGAUCCUUGGACAAUGGCUGGAGGAACACCGCACCAGCAGAGCCUCUCGAGAGGUGAGCACCGAGAGUGAUGAGCAAGACAUUACCAGCAUACUGCUUUCGCUCCAGGAGGAAGGACAGUUGCGAAAAACGCCAUAUGAUGUCAACACUAGCAUCAAGUCCACUUGUCUGGCAAUGAUCCUAGGUGGUGAUGGCGUAGCAAUCUUAAUGAUUUGGGUCGUAGUGUUACUCUUGAACAGUCGCGGGGUCUUGAAUAAGGCGCAGUAG